AUGCAAGGACCAGACUCAAAAUCAGUGCCAGCACUUGGGGUGCCCGACGCCAUGCAAGGACCCGACCCAGCACCUGGGGUGCCCGACACCGUGCAAGGACCCGACCCAGCACCGGUGGUGCCCAACACCGUGCAAGAAACCGUCCCAGCACCUGGGGUGCGCAAUGCCGCGCAAGGGCCAGACUUACCGGACCCAGAAGGAAUCUUCGUUGCAGUGGCAGCAUCAGUUCAAGUGCAAGAACCCGACGUACUGGACGCCGUGAACGUGCUGGAGCCUGUGGACGUGCCGGACGCCGUGGAUGUGCCAGAAUCAGUGCAAGGACCCGUCCUACCGGAGGCAGUGGGAUCAUCAGCUGAGUCCCAUGAAGAUCUUGAAAUUGAUCAAAUCAUUGAUUGUUUGAUGACCGCCCGCAUUUAUCAAGGCUCUUUAUCGCCAAGCAAGCUCGACCGCGUCAUCCAAAAGCUUUCAAGCGUUGGCUUCGCCUACCCCCUCAGCAUGGAAUAUACCAAAACUCCACGCGGCAUCAUGCCCGCUAGCCCAGCCCUUCGACCCCUCCUCAAGGAAUGGGGGCUCAAGGCAAAGGUUUUAGAACUCAAGGAAUGGUGGUCCCGCGCAAAGCUUGGCCGGGACAAAUAUUAUUUUCCAGACCAUGUAGCAUUCAUGCGCAACGAUCUACGCGGAGAUGGAGGCUUAGUAGGAUUCUUUGAGGCAGUCGAGGCCAAUGAUUGGACUUGGACCCUCAUUUAUGUAGCCUGA